UGUGAACACAACGGCUGCUGCCAGCAGCAUUGUCCCUCCCAUUGCUUUGUCGCUUGUUCCCUGCAAUCAGUAAACCCUCAGCACUGGCUACGAUGGCAGGAAGAGGGCUGUAGGUCGCACCAUUGCAAGUACGGAUGUGGUGUCAGAAGUAUAAAGUUGAUCCAGUGACCAAAGCAGGCGACGCGUUCAUUUUCGUCCCCACCACUUUCACCGGCACAAAAAGUUCAGCUGCGCUCCGUCCUUGUCGUCUCUGUCAUCGUCGUGGGCACCGGUGUCGAGCCUAGACGCUCGUCGCAUGGAUACCCAUGUCUUUGCCUCACUAGCGCAUGUCAAAAUCCUACUGGUACCAGUUGGCUCCAUAUCUCAGCCGACUUUCGACAAAUACGUCACCGAAAUUCGCAAUUUCGAGUCUAUUAGACUUGGGGAUAUACCUGUCGAUAGCAAGGAUGAACGGGCUCGGUUCAUGCCCAACCCUCUCUCGACCGGUCAUCUCCACCUGAGCUUCCCAACCUGUCCGCCUCCUACUUCACAUAUACCCCUCUCACUGCUGCGGCCGUCUCAUUUCCCAUUAGCCGUGAUUGGUAUCGCUUCAUGUGCACCUGAGGAUACCCUUCCUUCUGUCCUUGCCCAGUUCCAUGGCACCCUGCUCGACCUCUUUCCCGCGGACUUCAUCUUCCCACUUGCCAGGAGCUGUUUCGUUUUCGAAGAGGGCGACGGCCACAACAGUACGAACCUGGGCGACGGCCUUCCAGGUUUAGCCGUCAUUCCAAGCAUGAUGGGUAAUAAGAAGAUAUACCUUGGCACGCUUAUAGCCGAUUUGUGUUCGAAUGUCCUGGGGGAAUUCGGAGUUCUUGUUCAAGCUCUCGAAAGUCCGUUGGGAAACGAAUAUCUUAACUCAUCACUCUUACCGAUCCUCCCCCCUUUAUCGGAACUCCCUACACCAUUGAUUGGGAAUCGAAUACGUGAUCCUUUACCGCCUUUAUCAUCACAUAACAGCGUACCCGACAUGUCGAAGUCUGGAUUCACUCUGGCAUCAUCUCCCACCAUGAAACGAACAUCUUCUGCAGGGCAUAGGCAAUCUACUCUCACAAUCCCUGCCUCAAAGAAGCGUCUAAGUAGCAUUGGUGCUGUGUCAUCUCCCGGGCGAUUGUUCAAAGUCUUAGGCGAUUUCUUCACCCUUGCAGGCAGAACAGAAGACGCAUGUAUAUGGUAUACUGAAUCGCUUCAACUAUUCAGAGCGACUCCCGAUCCAGUGUGGCAGGCAUCCGCUUUGGAAGGUCUCGCCACGAUAUCUAUUCUUGAUUCGUGGUCAGCCGGACAUGGACUACAAACAUCUACAAGCGCCACCACCCGUGAUCCUUGGGGUGAUGUUGCCGACAAGCUGACCCAAGCAACGGCAAUGUAUUACAAGACACCUGUCGCCGACAUGGACCAUCACUCACUUGUUGCUUAUCUUUAUUGCUGUUGUGUACUUCGACAUUCUUCUCUUCUUUUCUCUGUGUGGUCCGCCAAGGGAUGGGGCCCGCUUGCUUUUACAACCAUGCUGCAACCCGGAACAACGCCUUACCUCCCGCCUACGAUAUCCCAUGAAGACCGUACUUCAUGGUCACAUUUAGAACGCUUAAGUUCAAUUUCAGGCAUCUCUCGCAUAUCCAUAGCCUCUGUUAUUGCUCAAGCUCAUGGUCCCUGGUUAUUACACUUGGACGCUAGAGAACGAAUAGGCGUUUUGGAAGCAGUGGCAGCCUUUUACUCCUGCUUGGGGUUUAGGCGAAAAGAGGCAUACAUCUUGCGAGAGGUUCUUGGGUGUAUUCUUGACUUGAUUGUCUGUGGUAGAGAUGAGGAUGGUAUCGCUAGGGCAUCGUAUAGUCCUGAUGAAGGCACACAGACUUCAGCGACAAAUGCUGCGCUGUCACCCGUGCCGAAUGACGCUCAGGUUGGGGUGAGGGUGAACGAAAGCACAGAGGGAAAUCACAGCAUUUUGAAGCUUCUCGCCUAUCUUUGCAAAGUCCUUGGUAUUGAGUUAGAUGCUGUAAGGUUCAUUGAUGUGGAUAGCACUUCGGCCUCAACAUGUGGCAAUGGGCUGGAUGACGACUGUCAACUCCGAGAGCCCUUCGGCUGGCCAGAGCUGCAGAUUGGUGUUGUCCGAGAAGCGGUGGCCGUUGCGGAGGCAUUACCAGACUAUCUGGCCGUUGCUCAAUUUGCCCUAUCCUCUCUGAAGACUCUUCAAGAUGUGUUGGAACUUGGCGAUCAGUACCAUUUUUAUACGACUUCCGCGCGAGCAUUGUUAACAGCGCGGAGACGUGGGGACACUAGAUCUAUGGAAUACUGGACAGGAAAUCCCAUCUCCGGCAUUUCUUUGGUGCCGCUACCUCUUAUCCGUCUACCGAACGAGAAACCCAUGUCCGCCCUUCGGCCCAGGUCCAGUGAAGUAAAUCCGAUUCUUACCGGAGGUAAAAACCCUUUUCUCUAUAAUCCUCGACAAGCAGCGUUUGGUCAACCGAGUCAAACUAUGGUUGUACAGAAUGAAGUGCUCGAAUUCGUGAUUGAGCUCCAGAACCCUUAUUGUUUUGAUCUCGAACUCGAUUCUCUUUCUCUCAGUACCACCGGUGUACCAUUUGAAUCCACGCCAACGCGAGUAUUGAUUCCUGCAGAAUCAAAUUAUCGCGUCGUCGUUUCUGGAAAGGCUACACAAAGUGGCACAUUGACAAUUCGUGGAUGCAUAGUCCAAGCAUUCUCAGGGGUCCCUCGCGAAUUCAUCGUUCCUCUUGCUACUGAUGAAGAACUGGAACGACAAACACGAAGACGCGGAGCACUACAAUGCGAGAUGGGCCGGUCGAAGUAUUCUGGGUUAGAUGCGUUCCCUUGGGAAAAAGCCCAGAAGCGCGAGAGCAAGCAAUUGGCAAGAUCGCCGUCAAAGUUGAUUCCCAGGUUUCUGGAAUGUAAAGUUGUUCCCGAACAACCACUUCUGCGCAUCCGACGGACGUCAGUGACGCAUGGGGCUUUGAUGUUAUAUGACGGAGAGAGAUCUACCAUACGUUUAACGGUAGAGAAUGUCUCCUCCCUGCCGGUUGAUUUCCUGAGACUGGUUUUUGACGAUUCUACAAUUGCCCCUGCUCAGCAGGUUCUCGCCGAAGGUUCGUUAUCUACCUUCGAUACUUACGAAACGGAGUACAAUCUGAUACAUCGACCACUAUUCUCGUGGAAUGAGGAUGAAAGCCGAGCUAUCGCUCCCGGGGGUAAACUGACAUUGAUUGUGAAAUGUCUGGGGAAGGUCGGAUGUACCAGCGGUACUAUACACGCAACAUAUGCGUGCAUAGAACGCAACUCGGAAACCCCCUUAGAAGUAUUUCACACUCGUCAAUUAUCGUAUCCGCUCAUGGUCACCGUGUAUCAUAUGCUGGAUUGUCAAGCAAUGGACAUUCUCCCAUUGUCUUUGCACGAUGAUGACAGUAGACCCGGGAAAUCUCAAUUGCCAAUGAGUGAUAUAUCCAGCUGGUGUUUGUUCUCAAUCGAAGUGAGAAAUUCAUAUGGGACGCCAUUCGAGGUGACUAUCGAGAGAGUACAAAAAGACGCCACAUCUGCCAAAACUUCAAGCAUCAUUGCCCCUGGUUCCACGUCCCGCCUUGUCAUCCCUUUGAGAAAGUUUUUGCUGACCCAGCAGCAUAUCUCAGAAACCAUACCGACGUUGUCUGAUAGACAAUUCGUGCUCACCGAAUCCAAGCUGUCGGAUGGGGAAGAACGAAUUCAGAAGGAGCUCUUUUGGUACCGAGAGGAAUUGUUCAAGUCAUUACAGUGUCGAUGGCAAGAGAUGGGUGGCAUUCGGUCUGGUGAUAUGUCGUUACGACAGCAACGAAUGACGAUGUCGAUGUUGAAUACCUUGCGCACGGAAACCGCGAGGAUUGACAUGUCUUUGCUGACAUUUGACGAGUCAGAGGUGCUUCAUCGAAAUGGCAAAUAUCAUCCCCAGGCAAACGAGUUCGUACACCUUCGUAUCAAAAUUAAAAAUCAAUAUGCCUCUCCCUUGAUGUUAUCAUUGGAUCUGGUUAUGGAGCCUUCUGAGCAUGUCAUCUAUGAAGGGGUCCUCAAUGAUAUACCAGUAGGGAGAUUGAAGAGCGGAGCGUCAUUCGACAUCACUAUAUCGCUAUGUUUCCUUGCCUAUGGACGCUUCACCAUUUGGGCAACAGCUAACACAUUUGGAGGGAAAUCUCGGGAAAGGAUUCAAGGAUCCGCGCAGCUUACCGCUGUCGUUAUGGAGAGAUGAUCCUGCGUACGGAAGGGACGUUAUAUUUCCCAUAGUCCUCCAAGUGCUUUAUUAGCAACAAGGCGUGUAUUUCUGAGAGCCCGUGAUCUGUAGGGAAGAGAGGUUCGCUCCGUAGAUUAAACUUGCAUAAGUAGUCCACCGGUUAUAGUAUGACUCAACAUCGCAAUGCGAAGAGAGGCUCUCAUCUUCGUAUCAUAUUAGUCAAAGUCCGAUUCAUCUUGUCUAAAAGCGGCUGAAUACGCCAGUAUCGUCCCAUAUA